UUUCAAGUUUCAACUCCUCUGUAGUUCUUAACCUUACGCAAUAUACAAAAGAAAUCCCAUUUGAGUUUGUGAUCGCUCGAAAUGGAUUCUGACAAAUUCUGCGCUAUAUUCAACCUCUCUGUUCUCCUUCUAGCUCUCUGUUCUCCAUGCAAGUUCAUACAAAGCCCAAUGGAUUUUGGGCCCCUGAACUUGAUUCAGAACUCAACAAAAGCUUCGACGGACUUUGGUCGGAUUCUCUUCAACAAACCUUCAGCAGUACUAAGACCCAAAUCCCCUGAAGAAAUCUCCCUCCUCCUCAGUUUUCUAUAUGCUUCUUCUUCCUCCUCCUCCUUUAGCAGAGUCAAUGUUGCUGCCAGAGGAGCAGGCCACUCAAUCCAUGGCCAAGCUCAAGCUCUUGAUGGCAUUGUGAUCGAAAUGGACUCUCUGCCAUCUUCAAUAGAGAUUAAUAAAAAUGGGUUCUUUGCUGAUGUUAGUGGUGGGGCUUUAUGGUCUGAGCUUUUGGAGGAGAGCUUGAGGUUUGGGCUUGCUCCAAGGUCUUGGACUGAUUACCUCCAUUUAACCAUUGGAGGAACUCUCUCUAAUGCUGGAAUCAGUGGGCAAUCCUUCAAAUUUGGACCCCAAAUUAGAAAUGUCCUUCAACUUGAUGUCGUCACAGGCAACGGAGAGUUUGUUACAUGCUCACCCACCAAAAGUUCAGACCUGUUUCAUGCAGUUUUGGGUGGUUUGGGUCAGUUUGGUAUCAUCACAAAAGCGAGGAUUUUGCUUCAGGAAGCUCCUAAAAAGGUGAAAUGGGUAAGAGCUUUUUAUGAUGAUUUCAACACGUUCACCAGAGAUCAAGAGCUGUUGAUAUCAAUGCCAGAGAAAAUAGACUACGUCGAGGGCUUCAUAGUUUUGAAUGAGCAGUCUCUUCACAGCUCCUCCGUUGCUUUCUCUUCCCAGCUUGAGUUCAUCACUCAGCUCAAACAGGACAGCUCCAAAGUCUACUACUGCAUUGAGUUUGCAGUGCAUGAUUACCAAACAAAAGAAACCAAUGUGGAUCAAGUUGUGGAGGAGGUUCUGAGGAAGAUGAGCUACAUGCCUUCAUUUGUUUACAGUGUUGAGGUUUCCUACUUUGAUUUCAUAAAUAGAGUGACAAAGGAGGAGAUGAGUCUAAAGAAAAGAGGGCUAUGGGAUGUCCCUCAUCCUUGGCUGAAUUUGUUUGUACCCAAGUCUGGAAUCACCAAGUUCAGAGAUUUGCUCCUGGACAAUAUUUCAGCAAAGGACUUUGAAGGCAUUGUCCUUGUUUACCCCCUGCUGAGAGACAAAUGGAAUGCAAACACAUCAGCAGUACUGCCGGACACUGGCGAAGCGGAUCGGGUCAUGUACACGGUUGCGAUACUUAGAUCCGCUAACCCGAGUACUUGCUCGCCGGGUUGCCUCCGUGACAUCCUCCGCACGCACCGCCACAUCGCCCUCUCAGCGAGCGGGCCCCACGUAGGGGCGAAGCAAUAUCUACCCCAUCAUCCAUCCCCGGCCCGAUGGAUGGCGCAUUUUGGGCCAAGAUGGGGCCGCUUCGAGGCCCGUAAAGCCCGAUUCGACCCGCUUAAUAUUCUUUCCCCAGGGCAAGGCAUCUUCCCUAGGACUUACUCUCCUGGCCCUUACUCUCUAUGAUAUUGUUAUUAUAAAGAGAGAAUAAUUAGAGAGAUUUUACUUGGAUGUUACAUAGAUUUUUUACUUUGGUUUUAUGAGAGUUUAGGAAGGAGGAGAAAAUUUUUUUACUUUGGUGGGAUCUUAGGUUUCUUGUACAGGGAAAGGAGAUCCCUACAAGGAAAAAAGUUGGACCCAAAAUGUUGAGAGAGGAUUAUUUGCAUGUCUAAUUAAUGUGGAAAAUGAUGGAGAAAAAUGUUACCGAUGGCUUUUUAUUUAUUCAUUUGGUGAUAGGAAGACGACAUCUCACAUGUCCCCAUGCAAGGUUCCUAUUUUGGG